AUGCCGGCUCUGCCAGCACUGCUGCUGUCGAUUUACGUCGCCGUCCUGCUGCUGACCAUGGCACCGCUCUCCUUCAGCCAGGCCAACACCCUCUCUGCCGUCCGGAUGGCGGCCAUUUUGGAUGACCAGUCAGUAUGUGGUCGUGGUGAGCGUCUGGCGCUGGCUCUGGCGAGGGAGAACAUCAACAGUCUGAUGCAGGGCUCCUCCCAGGCGAAGGUGGAGGUGGACGUCUACGAGCUGCAGAAGGACUCCCAGUACGACACCACUGACACCAUGUGUCAGAUUCUCCCAAAGGGUGUGGUCUCGGUGAUUGGACCCGCCUCCAGCCCGGCCUCCGGGUCCACCAUCAGUCACAUCUGUGGGGAGAAAGAGAUCCCUCAUGUGAAGAUCGGUCCGGAAGAAACCCCGAAGCUGCCGUACCUUCGCUUCGCCUCAGUGACGCUCUACCCGAGCAACGAGGACCUGAGUCUGGCCAUCGGAUCCAUCCUGCGCUCUUUCGGUUACCCAACGGCUAGCCUCAUCUGCGCCAAAGCAGAGUGCCUGCUGCGUUUGGAGGAGCUGGUCCGCCGCUUCCUCAUCUCCAGGGAGACGCUGUCGGUGCGGAUGCUGGACGACAGUCUGGACCCCACCCCUCUGCUGAAGGAGAUCCGUGACGACAAAGUGGCCACCAUCAUCAUCGAUGCCAACGCCUCCAUCUCCUACCACAUCCUCAGGAAGGCGAACGAGCUGGGGAUGACGUCAGCCUUCUACAAGUAUAUCCUCACCACCAUGGACUUCCCUCUGCUCCGGCUGGACGACGUGGUGGACGAUCAGUCCAACAUUGUGGGCUUCUCCAUGCUCAACAGCAGCCAUCCGUUCUACCUGGAGUUCAUCAGGAGCCUCAACCUGUCCUGGAGGGAAGGCUGCGAUAUCAGCCCGUACCCCGGCCCAGCGCUGUCGUCGGCCCUGAUGUUUGAUGCGGUUCACGUGGUGGUGAGCGCCGUGCAGGAGCUGAACCGCAGUCAGGAGAUCGGAGUGAAGCCGCUGAGCUGCACCUCCCCGCUCAUCUGGCAGCACGGAACCAGCCUCAUGAACUACCUGCGCAUGGUGGAGUACGAUGGUCUGACAGGUCACAUUGAGUUCAACAGCAAAGGCCAGAGGACCAAUUACACUCUGAAGAUCUUGGAGAAGCACCCCGGGGGCCAUAAAGAGAUUGGUACCUGGUACUCCAACAACACGUUGGCCAUGAACUCCACUUCCCUGGACCUCAACGCAUCGGAGACGCUGGCUAACAAGACGCUAAUUGUCACCACAAUACUGGAAAACCCCUACGUCAUGCGUAAGUCCAACUACCAGGACUUCCAGGGUAACGACCAGUACAAGGGUUUCUGCGUGGACAUGCUCCGGGAGUUGGCCGACAUCCUGAAGUUCUCCUUCAAGAUCAAGCUGGUGGACGACGGGCUGUACGGAGCCCCGGAGCCCAACGGCAGCUGGACCGGCAUGGUGGGAGAGCUGAUCAACAGGAAAGCAGACCUGGCAGUGGCCGGCUUCACCAUCACCUCAGAGAGGGAGAAGGUGAUCGAUUUCUCCAAACCCUUCAUGACUCUGGGCAUCAGCAUUCUCUACCGAGUUCAUCUGGGUCGUAAACCAGGUUACUUCUCCUUCCUGGAUCCCUUCUCUCCAGCUGUCUGGCUCUUCAUGCUGUUGGCUUACCUCGCCGUCAGCUGCGUCCUCUUCCUUGCCGCCAGGCUAAGCCCCUAUGAAUGGUACAACCCUCACCCGUGUCUGCGGGAGCGGCGGGACAUCCUGGAGAACCAGUACACAUUGGGGAACAGCCUGUGGUUCCCGGUGGGUGGCUUCAUGCAGCAGGGCUCAGAGAUCAUGCCCCGGGCUCUGUCCACACGCUGCGUCAGCGGAGUCUGGUGGGCCUUCACCCUCAUCAUCAUCUCGUCCUACACGGCCAACUUGGCGGCGUUUCUCACCGUUCAGAGGAUGGAGGUUCCCAUCGAGUCUCCGGACGACUUGGCCGACCAAACCAACAUCCAGUACGGCACCAUCCACGGGGGCUCCACCAUGACCUUCUUCAUGAACUCUCGGUACCAGACGUACCAGAGGAUGUGGAACUACAUGUACUCCAAGCAGCCCAGCGUGUUCGUGAAGAGCACUGAAGAGGGCAUCGCCCGCGUCCUCAACUCCAAGUACGCCUUCCUGAUGGAGAGCACCAUGAACGAGUACUACCGCAGCCUCAACUGCAACCUCACGCAGAUCGGAGGCUUGCUGGACACCAAAGGCUACGGUAUCGGCAUGCCUCUGGGCUCUCCGUUCAGAGACGAGAUCACUCUGGGGAUUUUACAGCUGCAGGAGAGCAACAGGCUGGAGAUCCUGAAGAGACGCUGGUGGGAGGGAGGACAGUGUCCCAAGGAGGAGGACCACCGAGCCAAAGGUCUGGGGAUGGAGAACAUCGGCGGGAUCUUCGUGGUCCUGAUCUGCGGCCUCAUCAUCGCCGUCUUCGUGGCCAUCAUGGAGUUUGUGUGGUCGACGCGUCGAACCGCCGAGACGGACGAGGUAAACCUUCACCAUCCUCCUCCUCCUCCUCCUCCUCUUCCUCUCUCGUCCUCCUCCUCCUCCUGCCCCGUGUCUGUCUGUCAGGAGAUGCUGACGGAGUUUCGUAACGCCGUCUCCUGUAAGAAAAGCUCCCGCUCUCGUCGCCGCCGGCCUCUGAGCAGCACUGGGGGUGGAGUCCUGCGUCACCCGUCCCGCCUCGCUCUGGCCGCACCUCGCCCCAUCCGUCUGGUCCGAGAGAUGCGUCUCAGCAACGGCAAACUGUACAGCGGCGCCGGCCCGCUGACGGGUGGGCUUGCGGGGCUGGGAGGAGGUAUGGCAGGAGGCCCUGAUUUGGGCCCGGGGCCACAGAGGCUCCUGGAGGACCCGCUUGGCGCCAACGCCACCACCAGCACGCCUCCUCCUCCCCCUCCCCCGGCGUCAUCCCUGGUGGCUCCACCCGCCCCGCCGCGCAGCUUCCUGCAGAGCUGCAGCCAUGUGCGGAUCUGCCAGGAGUGCCGGCGGAUCCAGAGCCUGCGGCCGGCCACGCUUACGCCUCCCCCACCUCCUCCCCCUUCCUCAUCCUCCUCUGCCUCCUCCUGCUCCCGGAUCCCACCCUCAGUGGUGGGGCCAGGUCACCACCACCACCACCGCCACAACCCUCACCACCUCCACUACCACCACGGCUCCAUGUCGCUGCCUCGCCUCCCGCCACCGCCUCCCCCGAUGUCGACAGACAGAGCUGACAGUGACGGGGGAGGUGGGGGGGCAGCAAGCCCUCAGUGGGGCAAAACCAAACCAGCUCCACCACCCAGACCGAUGCCCCCUGCCAAGACGCUGACACACCCGCCAACGGACCUACUUGGGGGGCACGACUGA